UUCAUUAGGGAAUAUUUUGCUAACCUUGCUCUCCAAUGAAACGCCCUUGUGCUCAAGACUAAGUAAACUGACACUGAAAGUCAGUGCCGUGAAAAGAAAACAGAGAAGCUGUGUGAUAAACCAUAGCAAAAUAAAGCUGUUUCACCACAUAAACACAUUUUAGCAACUAAACUUUAAAGACAUGCACAUUUUAAAACGUCCACAAUUGCAAAGUAAUACUAGAUAUUUUGACUUUUUUUCUGAAGAGUAUACAAUCAAUAAGACUUCAUCUUCAGUGAUGUCACACAUUGUGAGGUGUUAGCAAAAUAUGCACAAUAUGUAUUAGGUAUAUACUGUACGAACAAAAUCAACAUGAUCAAAUACUGCAGCUUGUAAAUUUGUACAGGUGUCCUCUGUUUAGCAUCUUCGAAAGGCACCUGCCAUUGAAAUUUACUCUAAGCUCAUUUGUCAGUAAAAUUCAGUGGAAAUUCAAGCAGAACUAUUUUGCAUGUCAAUUCUCUUUUGUGUUCCCUGUGAUAGCACUGCAUAUUGCAAAAUUAUAAAAAACUAUUCACAUUUUUACUUAGUAUUGACACUUAUUCUUAAUAAAUGUGAGCAGAGCUCCUUUCCUUAUCAUUUCAAACAAAAGCUGUUGUAAGUAUGUACUACAACAUACUACUAAUGAUUUCUGAGAAUUUUGACAUUAGGAAAGCAGGCCUGUGCUUAUUUGAUAUGGCAAGCCAUUUCAACAUUAAUUCCUUAAGAUUAGUAACUGUUUCUAUAGUACUUAUUUUUAAAUCAUUACUAAAUUAUGUAUCUAUUAUGUAGGCCUAUAGUUACAUCUCAUUAACAGGUAUCUACUAAAUGUGGUAAAACUGAAAUAGGUCCCAGUAUUAAUUGGAAUACAUUCUAAUCAAAAGUGAAUUUUUGAUAACUGAACACAGAUCUCCAUAGAAUUCAAUCGGGACAAAUGCAAUUCAUUAUUAAUCAAUUAUCAAUUACUGUCAGUUCUGGGAAAGUGAUUAGCAAGGAAUUGGAUUGACUGGAAUUUAAGGGAUUGAAUAGAUACUAUUGGAUUAUUUCUUGAACAAUACUAAAAAGCAUAAAAUAGGCAAUAGUUAAUUGAAUAAAUGUUUAAACGGCAUGCCACGUGAUUAUUAGGUGAUUUUACAUCAACUGGAUGCCGCACCUCUGAAUCUAACUUCUCAAAUUGCGUGUUGAGUUGCAAGCACAAGGAUUCACAUAGUCUAUACUUAGCUCUCCUAAACGUCAAAGUCUGCGGCAAGACACGAUCUGUUUUAGUGACGUGAUAUUAGCUAUUUUAAAACUUUUAACGCAUUCCUUUAAAUCAGUUGAAUGCUGGAGGAUUGUGCUUAAAUUAAUUUUUUUUAGGAAAAUCAAUUGAAGAGCGCAAAUGCGAUGUGUUUUUGAUUUAAAAUAAGAAGAACUGUGUCUGUUAUGGCCCAGUAAUGUUUAUUAAAAUGUGAUAAUAAGAGAAACGUGGGACGCUAUUUCGAGGAAGCGAUUUAUUAAUGCAUUGGUUCAUACAAAUGUGUGAACUGUGAAAAUGGCACUGGGAAUGAUUUCACUUCUGGCUAUCUGCAUCUUUUAUAUUCAAGUAACACAGGGCCAAACUGGAUGUGCUGAAGUAGACUCUAUGACAGAAGCUGUCGCCGGCAAAGGCUUUCUGUUGGGUUGCAUUUCUUGCAAAAGAAGAGAAGAAGUGCCUGGUUGUGCUAUUGUUGAUUGGCACUACAAAGCAGCUGGAUCUGAGGAGUUUAUCCAUAUUUUUCGGUAUGAAUACAAUAACCCCACCAUUCUUCAUGAAGACUUUGAGGGAAGAUUGGAGUGGAAAGGAACUAUGGGUACAAAGGAUGUGCAAACUGGUUCCGUCUUUAUUCACAAUGUCACAUUUAAUGACACUGGGACUUACCUCUGUACCUUCCACCGUACGCUGUACCUUCCUCUGAAUGAAGAACAUGUGGUAAUAAGUAAAGAGGUGGAACUCACUGUUGUGGAAAAAGCAAACCCUGAGCUGACGGCUGUGAUUUCUGAGAUCAUGAUGUACGUGUUGAUCGCAGUUCUGCAGCUGUGGAUGAUUGGAGUGCUGAUUUACUGCUAUAGGAAGGUCUACGCUGAGAACGAAGCUCGAGAGGUCAGAAAAGCUGCAUGCUCUCAAAGCAAGCUCGUUGAAUUGAAAGACCCUUGUGAUGGCAUUUAUUUGGAAUAACUACAAUUUUGGUUAGUAGGCUUAUUAUUUUCAGUGAAUAGAGACUAGGAUUACUAAAUUAUUGCUAAUAUAUUUGAUACACGAUUUUAUAGGAAUAGGUCAUUAAAAAUUUAAAUUUGCUGAAAACGUACCCUCAGGCCAUCAAAGAUGUAGAUUAAUUUGUUUC